AUGGCGAUGAAGAAAGCGCUUGUGGCUGCUGGCCUCUUCCUGGGGUCUGCUAAAGCCAUUACUGUCGAGGGCAUGCUUGCUGCACCUCGCAGAAGUACUGGCAGUCUCAGCCCCAAGGGAGAUCGUGCCUUGUUCUCAGAAACUAAGUUCAAUUGGACGUCCGAGAAAUCCAGCACUUCUUGGUACUUCAUUGACACCGAGUCUGGCAACAUCACAAAAGCACCUUUUGGAAGCGACGCCUCGGAAGUGGUAUGGGUCGGCGAUACGGAGGACAGCAUCCUCUACCUCAACGCUACCAACGAGGAGAUUCCCGGAGGAGUAACUCUUUAUACUGCCGAUCUCAGCGGUGACUCUUUCGAGCCAACACUGGUGGCAUCAUUGCAUGCUCCCCUCUCCGGGCUGAAGGCUGUGAAGACCGACUCAGGAAUCAACUUUGUCGGAAACUGCCUUGCCUACGAGAGCAAUGGAACCGCGUACAACCCUGAGCUCGUGACUGCACCGAAGAGUCUUGGUCAGUUGUACGACAGCAAUUUCAUAAGGCAUUGGGAUUACUACAUCACUGCCGAACGCGUAGCUGUUUUCAGCGGAGUCCUCAAUGGCGGAAACGGAACUUACAGCUAUGGAGGCGAGCUCAAGAACUUACUUUCUGGCAUGAACUACACCGUCACACGCCCCGAGAGCCCGGUGCAGGGUUCUUCGAGCGACCCAGGCGACUAUGACUUAUCUCCAGAUGGCAGCAUGGUUGCCUUCCGCACCAAGUCUCCUGAUCUUCCCAAGGCGAACUACACCGCGAGCUACAUCUAUGUUGUUCCGUUCGACGGAUCUGAGGUCGCCGUGCCAGUCAAUGGUCCUGGCACCACCGCUCCCGAGACCGCACAGGGUGCAUCUGGCGCUCCUGUAUGGUCGCACGACGGCAGCAAGCUGGCCUACACCCAACAGGAUGGUAUCGAUUAUGAGUCUGACAAGUACAAGCUCUACGUUGCUGAGAUUGAUGGCAUGAACAGCGAAGUUCGCUCAGUCGCUGAAGACUGGGAUUCCAGCCCCACCGGUCUACAAUGGAGUCCAGAUGAUGUCGACCUUUGGGUUACGUCGGAGCUGUACGCUUCUGUCCGCCUCUGGCUUGUUCCCCAAGACGCGCCAGCUGACUUCACACCCGUCAACUUCACUGGCCCCGACACUGUUCUCUCCGACUUCGCCGUUCUCCCUGACGGCAGUGCUUUUGUAUCCGCGGCCGCUUCCUGGACCAGCCGCAUGUUCUACAAGCAAUACCCUGGUCAAGACAAGCACGUUCUCUUCUCUGCCAAUGAAGUCGAUGCGGAACUUGAGGGUCUCACGUCGGACUCUGUAUCGAACUUUUGGGUUACCAACGAUGAUGGCGACGAUAUUCAGACUUUCGUCUUCUACCCUACCGACUUCGACCCGAGCAAGAAAUACCCUCUCGCAUUCAUUAUCCACGGCGGUCCGCAAUCUACUCAAGGAGACAACUGGAGCGUGCGGUGGAACCUGAGACUUUGGGCUGAUCAAGGUUUCGUUGUUACUGCCACACAAUUCACUGGAUCCCCGUCUUACAGCCAGGCCUUCACCGACAAGAUCCAAGCAAACUGGGGUGGAACUCCUUACACCGACCUUGUCAAGGUUUUCGAGCACCUCCGUGACAACGUCGAGUACGUCGAUACCGACCGCGCCAUCGCCGCCGGUGCGUCAUUUGGCUGCUACAUGACAAACUGGAUCCAGGGCCAUGACCUAGGUCGUGAGUUCAAAGCCCUUGUCUGUCACGACGGAAAGAUCAACCAAGUCGGUUCCUACGCUACCGACGAACUCUGGUUCAUUCAACGUGACAACAACGGUACUGUCUGGGAUAACCGCGAGAACUACGAACUCUGGGACCCUCUUCCUCAUUUUGUCAAUGCUAGCACACCUCAGUUCAUCAUUCACAACGAUCUGGACUACCGUGUUGUGCAGGCUGAAGGACUGCAGACUUUCAAUAUUCUGCAGAGCUUGGGCGUGCCGUCGCGCUUUUUGCACUUCCCUGAUGAGGGUCAUUGGGUUACUAGUAGACAAAACAGUUUGCUGUGGCACAACUACAUCUUCAACUGGAUCAGGUACUACGUCGGGUUGGACGAAGAACUAACCAUGGAUGGUGUUAUUACGCAGUAG